AGGGCAUUGAAAUUAUACAAGAUGGCUUCCUUGACUUUCCUCGUCGCUGCCGUCUGCGCCUUGACCACUGUCCAGUCUGCGAGUGUGUCCAAGAGAGAGACUCCGACCAUCGCCACGGACAAGUACCACAACUACAACGACCUGCAGGCGCUCCUACGUCAGCUUGUCUCAAACUACCCCAAUCUGGCUCGUGUUUAUGACAUCGGUACUUCCAUGGGUGGGAGAAAGUUGUCCGUUAUUCAGAUAUCUGACCGAGUGAACGAGAGGGAGGUCGGUUAACCCAGGUUCAAAUACAUCGGCAACAUCCACGGCAACGAGGCUGUGGGCAGGGAGGUCAUCCUGUACCUGGCCCAGUACCUGCUCUUCAACUACGGCACUGACCCCAGGGUGACCCAGCUGGUGGACACGACGGACAUCCACCUGAUGCCGACCAUGAAUCCUGACGGGUUCGAGAUCUCGAGGGAAGGGGAAUGUGACAGCGACGUGGGGAGAAUGAACA